UGUGCUUAAGUUUUCUAAAAGACUAUUUGAUUGUCUAUUUUGAAGCUUUUGUACAUUCAGAUUCACCGUUCUAAGGUAUUGGAAGUACAGUUCAUUUAAAAAUUGUGACCAAAUUAAGUUAGAAAUAGAGAUACUACAACUUCAUAAUCUGUUCAAGCAUUAGCUUUUUAAAUCAAUACUUCUCAGAACACAUUUCGUGACUUAAUAUUAAUGGAUUCAUUUGUUAAAUUAUUGACAACGAUAAAAGCCAUUCUUUAUAUAAUCUAUGUAAAUGAGUGGAACAAUCACGUAAAAAGGACUUUUAUAGAGUAGUAAAAGUAAUAGCAACAAAUCAUCCUUACGUCAAUAUUCAUAUGCUGAAACGUUGCGUAAUUCCAUUCUUUUCCUCUUCAAAGCCAUUGUAAAAUAAUUGUCGCAGGACAAAAAUAUGUUUAUUUAGACUUAAGAAAUAUGAAUGAGUCAAUACCUGAAAAUGAUUUAGUGUGUAUUGGCCACGAAGUGUUUUCCAGUCUGAUUUGGAUAAAGGUCUUCAUUGCCUGUUUUCUCUUUGGUUUGGUUACACUUGCAGUAUGUGGAAAUAUUUUGGUUAUACUCACUUUGAUCCGAAUCAAGAAUUUUACACGCAAAAUCAAUGUGUUCUUCACGUCCAUGGCGGUUGCGGAUUUGCUUAUAGCCGUGUUUGUCAUGGUGCCGUCAAUUCUACGUCAACUUAGCCAUGCCUGGUUCUUACAUGACCGAGUUACAACCCGUAUAAUAUUGCUAGUGGACAUCAUGUGUUCCACCUCUUCUAUACUGCAUUUUACUUGUAUGACUACCGAUCGCUUCAUAGCUAUCAGCAAACCGUUCAAAUAUUUUCGGAUCAUGACUCGGAAGGUCGUUGGGUUUCUUAUACUAUUGUUGUGGACACUUCCGUUCAUAGAGGGAUACAUACUAAGUACAUUUAAUCCAAACGACUCACUUUGCCUACCUGGUGCUGACUUCAUUCCUGCUCUUGUUGGAUCCAUAGUGAGUUUCUACAUACCUUUAGCAUUCAAUAUUGUUCUGAAUAUCAAAAUAUAUUUGAUUGUGAGAAGACGUAGAUUUCAUGACCUAGGUGAUGCACAAUUGAAAAAUAUGAAAACAGAGUUCCGAGUCGCACGUACAAUAAGCAUAUUAUUUGGAUGUUUUUGUGCCUCCUGGACCCCGUUUUUUGUUGCUAAUAUUUACAGUGCCAUAAGAAAAGAAGAUUUAACUCAUCUAACUUGGUAUAUUGUAACCUGGAUAGGGUAUUUUAAUUCUACAAUUAAUCCAUUUUUGUUUUAUUUUUUACACAAGAGGAAAAUUCUGCGAAAGAGAAAUACCACCAUCAUUCAUCAUAUAUCAAAAGAAAAAGAAGAAAAUAUUAUGUACCAAUCAAAUUCAACAAUCAGUACUUUCUUGUAAGUUUUCUGCUUUCCAUUGAAUUUGAUUUUUUAUUUAUAUAUUUUUCUUUAACGUUUAAUAUACAAUGUAUGAAA